AUGUCCUUCAAAGAGAUCCUGGAUACGUGCAACAUAUCUUGUAUGAUCGUUUUGCUCACUGAUAAUCAUAUGAACGAGUACAUUCACAAAGCCGACAACAUUAUCACACCGCUCACAAACUUUACAGGUUCUACAGCCACACUUCUCAUUACCGGCGACCAGAAUUUCUUGUAUACGGAUGGCCGUUAUUUCAUACAGGCUGAAAAAGAGCUGAACAAAGAGUUCACUCUCCAAAAAAUUGAUGUUGAUCCAAGCUACCUAGAGUAUAUAAAGAACAAUAUUGUUGGAAACAUAGGAGUGGACCUGAACAGGAUAGAUACAGAAACAUACGAGACGAUCAAAGACGCGUUGGUGAACCAUGAGAUAUUACAUGUCAAGAAUGAUCGUUUUUGUAAAUAUGGUGAAAGAGCAUUCAACGACACGAUAGAUCUUGAAAAGAUAAAAAUGAGAGACUGCAUAUGGAUAUUUGGAGAGAAAUACACCAGAAAACUUGUGCUUGACGUUCUGAAGCAGAAGGAAAAAAGUGAUUCGAUAGAAGAUAUACUGAAGAAAAGCUGCAGAGUAAACAGGAGAGCAAAGCAAAAAAAUACUGAUCAAUGUAAACGAGUCACCAGUAAAAACGAUGAUACAUCCAGCAAUCCUUCGGAAGAAAUACUAAAAAAGUGGCAUUUACCUGAAAAUAUCGAUGAUAUCUCAAAAAAGCCAUCCGAUGAGUCUAAAACCGAGCAACAAAUCAUUGACGACAUCCUUGAUAGCAACAUAGUAGGCAUUUCUACCGAUGAAAAGCUUACCUUACUGAGAAACUCGCUUGACGACAAGGAAUGCAUGAUUAUGUCAUCAAUGGAUGAAAUUGCUUAUUUACUCAAUUUGCGUGGCACUGAUAUUCCGUACAAUCUUUUAUUUUUCUCCUACAUGUUUGUGGAUAAGAAAGAUGCAGUGCUGUUCACUAACAGCAAAAACAUAAAGCGUAACAUUUGCAUACGAGGCUAUGAUGAGUUUGACGAUUUCUUGGACACCUUCUGUAAUAACACAGGGGACAUCAAGCUUGUAGAAUAUAGCAGGGCAUACGUAUCAUCGCACGUAAACUCGGGCAUUUGUCUCAAAUUGGGCAGCAAAGCAGUGACAAGUGAUUUUGUACAAAAGCUGAAAAGUGUAAAAAAUACAAACGAAAUAAUUGGCGUAGUUCAAGCCAAUAUUAUGGAUAGUAUUGCGUUAACGCGGCUUUUCGUGUGGAUCAGACAUACGUUCCAGAAAGAGAAGGUUACUGAAAAACAAAUUGGAGAGAAAUUGCUUGAGUUAAAGAAAGAACUGAGUAUGAGUUUUAUGAGGAAAGUUACGAGUGACAGCACCGCAAAUAUGGAGGAUGCUGUUGUAAAUAGGUAUCUGGCGAAUGGUUGCUUUGUUUCGGAAAGUUUUGAGUCGAUUGUAGGGUCGGGUUCUAAUGCUGCAAUCAUACAUUACAAGGGGAGUGGUGUAGAAAUUGAAAAUAAUAAUGUGGUGUUGAUGGACACCGGUUCGCAGUUCCUGUUUGGUACCACGGAUAUCACACGAACACUAUUUCUUGGUAAGAGCACGUCCAAGUUCCGAGAAUAUUUCACACGUGUUCUAAAGGGACAGAUAAUGAGCAAAACGUUGAUUGCACCACAAAAUAGGUUCCUUUACAUGGCAUGCGGCAUUGCAAGAUUACCUUUAUGGAAUAUCAAAUGUGAUUACAGGCAUGGCACGUCGCACGGUGUCGGUCACUCAUCACUUGUGCACGAGUCUUUGCCGUUUGGAUCCGUAGUUCCACAUCAAAUGUUCAGUGUUGAACCGGGAGUAUAUCUUGAGAAUGAGUUUGGUGUGCGAAUUGAAGAUGUAGUCAUGGCGGUAGGCCAAGAAUAUUUGAAUGUUGUCGAUUUGACUUACGUUCCCUUACAGAGGGAUUUAAUCGUUAAAAAAAUGCUAUUGAAGAGUGAUAUCCGCUAUUUAAAUAGCUAUAACGAUAGGGUGAGGAAGGUUUUGUCACCCUUUAUGACCAAAGAGGAGAGGAAAUGGCUGAAGAAACAAACCAGAAAGAUAUGUGGAUGGGUAUAAUAAAGCUGAUGAAAUGAUCCUUUUGGUGUUUUAUGAGUGUCUUAGUUUAGACUGUAGGAUAUCAUCUAUGUUAAUUGUGGUUGGGUUAA